AUGAACAUCUUUGCGGGGGAGAGCUGCUUCUUGCUGCUGAGCCGGCUCAACCAUAGCUGCUUCCCCAACGUGGUCUACAUGAGCGAGCGAAGGCAGUUCCGGGCCCUGCGGGAGAUCCAAAAAGGCGAAGAGCUGAUGCACUCCUACCUGGGCCGCGAGCUCUUGCUCCCCACGGAGCUGCGGCGACGCCACCUCUGGCGCUCCAAGUGCUUCGAGUGCUGCUGCCCGCGGUGCGCCGCCCAGGAGGACCCCCUGCGGGUGGUGGCCUGCCGCGCUUGCGCCCAGGAGCAGACCUAUGAGGUGGGACCUGAGGGCCUUUGCUUGCGAGAGGCGCCCAGCUCUGGGAGUGCCGAGACGCGGCUUCUGCAGGGCGCCAAGGUGAAGGUGCUCAGCUCACUGGAGAGCUGGAUCCAGGUCGAGGCUGAGGACCUUUGCGGCUGGGUGCAAGACGUGGAGAUCGAGAGGCUGCAGCCGGUCGGCGCGGCCUUGGGCGUGGCGCCGGUGGGGAAUCUGGGUGCGGCGGUGGGCCGGUGGCUGCAGGCUGUGCAGCUGCUUCUGCCGCCGGACGAUGUGCAGACUCCCAUCGGGGAGGAUGAGACGGAGGAGGAGGCCGCGGCACGCUGCGCCCUGGAGGCCGCCUUGAAGGCGGCCCCGGCGCUGCCCUUGGGGAGCUAUGUGCCAGGCAGCGCGGAGUGCCGCUUUGACGGCGCCAAGUGGAUCUGUGAUCGGUGUGGCCACGUGGAGGAGGCGCUGCUGCCGGCGGAGCGGGUGCUGGGCCGCCUCGCGGAGCGCACGUUCUUCUCCCCGAAGAUGACUCCGGCUCUGGGCGACGUGGGCCCCGGCCGCGGCUUGAAGAUGGUGAAGCGGCUCUUCGUGCGGCAGGCGCUGGAGCUUUGCGAGGCGUGCAGCUCUCUGCUGGGGCUGCAGCACUGGACGGUGCAGUGGGCGCGGCUGCUACUGGUGGACUUCGCGUUGUCGCGGCUGACGUAUGGCGUGUGUGGGAGCAAAAGGCUGGGGCUGCUGCUGCUGGAGCUGAUCCAGGAGCUGUGGCAGUGGCUGGGCAGUUUGGGCCUGUCCCACGACCCCAGCUGCUUCCUGCUCACCCGGGCCAUGGACGCUCUGCGGCUGGUAGGCUUCGACCGGGACCAAAGGCUGCGGCAGGAGGUCGCCCAGCUGCAGGUCUUAACCGAGUCCUGCAUGAAGCAGGUGGACAUUCUGCCGCUACGUCCACUCAUCAUCGACGGGAGCAUCUCCUUCCAGUGA